AUGUCGUGGCAAGUGGUUCUUCCUUACGUGGACAAGGCACCAUGUCCACUAAAAAUGGCGCAGGCGCGUGCAAUGGUGCGCCAUGAAGCGGAAUGCAAAGAAGAGGAGGGGAGGGCGUAUGGAGAGAAGCUUUGCGUCUUGCGAGAUGUCCAAAGGAGAAACAUGGACGAGUACAAUAAAUUUAGAAGUGAGAUGCGCGCGGCACGCAGAGAACUUCUUCUGCUUUUGGCCUCUCAGAACUCAAACUCACUUAUGAGGAAACGGGUGCGGUCACAAGACGUGACAGCGGAUUGCGAGAUGUUGUGUUUUGAGGGGCUUCUCACCGAAUCGUUGGGUCUGGAGUUGCUCCUGCAAUUUGGAGAAGGGCACAGUAGAGAGUACGCGGUCGCAGCGGCGGUAUUAGAGGCCUUGCAGUGCACACAAGAGGCGCUGCAUGCCACGAGGCGGCGCACGGAGGAAAUCAACGCUUUACGCUGCGUGGAGCAACAGCAGUGUGCGAAGCUGCUAGCCGCAAAGGAACGAGUAGCAAGCAGACGUUUGGAAAAGAUUCGCGCACUUGAAAAAGUAUUGCGUGACGCUGAGGGCCCACGUCAUGGCUCAAAAUUGUUGGAUUUGCUGGAAUAA